GAUAAGAGACUGUCUCUGACAUGUUCGUUUCUUUUCCAAUGUUUAUAUUUACUUGACUACAACUGCUGCUCAUCCUAUCCACAAAUCGAGAAAGACUCUCUUUCAGCAGCGGCAUGCAUUCUACAACCAUCCCGCCGCACUUAAAAGAUCGAGUGAUUGCGCGGCGGGGAAAAGAACACAUAUUUGACGAUCUGAAAGCCUCGGAAACCGCUCUCGUCGUCGUCGAUCUACAGAAUGCAUUCAUGAUGCCAGAGGUGUCGCAUGCCUAUAUUGAGCAAGCAGUGACUAUUGUGCCGAACGUCAACCGCCUCGCUGAUGCGACACGGCUUGCAGGGGGUCAGGUUAUAUGGAUCCAGACAGUGUGUGAACCAUUGGAUCAUUCGUGGUCGGUUUUGGAUACGAUGAGCUUAGAUGAGUGGACUGCAAGGCGUCAGAAGGCAUUGGAACGCGGAAGCAAAGGCUGGCAAUUAUGGGACGGUUUGAACACUCAGCCCGACAAAGACAUCUUCAUCGAAAAGACCCGCUUCAGUGCCUUUAUCCAAGGAUCAUCCGAUCUAGAUGCGAUAUUGAAAGCACGUGGUCUACGCACCUUGUUGAUCACAGGCACGGCGACAAAUGUCUGUUGCGAGUCUACGGCCAGAGAUGCCAUGAUGUUAAACUACAGGACGGUGAUGAUCGACGACGGAAACGCCGCAGCGACAGACGAGGAGCACAGCUCUUCGAUCAACGCAUUCUAUCAGAUGUUUGGAGACGUGAUGUCGACAGAUUUUGCUAUAGGAUGCUUGCAGAAUAACACGUAAGGUGUUAACGCUACUACUCGUGGCGGCUUUGACAAAGAUCGUGCGUCUUGAUAUGACCGCCGAUCAUUGGAAAUUUUCUGAAGCCCAUAGCUGUGCUUUGGGCCAUGCCCAACACCCUCCUGCUUGGAGCUAUCUGGAGCGGCAACUUUCAUAUUCUUGCCGAAAACAGUUUACGUUCUAAUCUCAC